AUGUCUCACAGAAAGUUUGAAGCCCCUCGUCAUGGUCAUUUAGGUUUCGGUCCUCGUAAGAGAACCAGAUCUCACCGUGGUCGCGUCAAGGCCUACCCCAAGGAUGACUCCAAGCUUCCUGUUCACUUGACCGCCUUCAUGGGUUAUAAGGCUGGUAUGACCCACAUUGUCCGUGAUCUUGAACGUCCUGGUUCCAAGAUGCACAAGAAGGAAAUCGUUGAAGCUGUUACUAUCAUCGAAUCUCCUCCCAUGGUUGUUGUUGGUGUUGUUGGUUACGUUGAGACUCCCCGUGGUCUCCGUUCCUUGACCACCGUUUGGGCCGAACAUCUCUCUGAAGAGGCCAAGCGUCGUUUCUACAAGAACUGGUACCGUUCCAAGAAGAAGGCCUUCACCAAGUAUGCCCAAAAGUAUGCUGACAAUGGUAAGGAUGUUGCUCGUGAGGCUGAGCGUAUCAAGAAGUACUGUUCCGUUGUCCGCGUCAUUGCCCACACUCAAAUCUCAAAGGCCAAGCUCCAUCAACGCAAGGCUCACCUUAUGGAAAUUCAAUUGAACGGUGGCUCCAUUGCUGAUAAGGUUGAAUGGGCUCGCAGCCAUUUCGAGAAGGAAGUUACUGUUGGUUCUGUCUUUGAGCAAGAUGAGAUGAUUGAUAUCAUUGCUACUACAAAGGGUCAUGGUUUCGAAGGUGUUACUGCUCGUUGGGGUACCAAGAAGUUGCCUCGUAAGACUCAUCGUGGUCUCCGUAAGGUUGCUUGUAUUGGUGCCUGGCAUCCUAGCAGAGUCAUGUACUCUGUUGCUCGUGCUGGUCAACGUGGUUACCAUCGUCGUACUGAAAUCAACAAGAAGAUUUACCGUAUUGCCACUGGCUCUGAUGCCAAGUCUGGUACAACUGACUACGAUUUGACUGAGAAGCCCAUCACUCCUAUGGGUGGUUUCCCCCACUAUGGUGUUGUCAACGACGACUUCGUUAUGAUCAAGGGUUGUUGUGCUGGUUCCAAGAAGCGUGUCAUCACUCUUCGUAAGUCCCUCACUGUCCACACCAAGCGUUCUGCUUUGGAAAAGGUCAAUGUCAAAUUCAUCGAUACCUCUUCCAAGUUUGGUCAUGGUCGCUUCCAAACUCCUGCCGAGAAGCACCAAUUCAUGGGUACUCUCAAGAAGGAUCUCUAA